CCUUCUUCCCCCUGCGUCCGCAACAUAGCUAGUAGCGUGCAGCUGAAAUGGCUAAUAGAGCUCGCGUUAAGUCUUGGGCUGUCGUCUUCAUCGCCCUUGUGAGCUUCCAGCUUGCGUUGGCAGCUAGAUCGCUCACCGGGGCUGCAGCAGGAGGCGGCGGUGGAGGUGGAGGAGGAGGCGGCGGCGGAGGUGGAGGCGCUGGCAGUGGUUCCGGAUAUGAAUCCGGCUCCGGCGCUGGAUAUGGUGUGGGUGUCGGUGGAGGGAGUGCCGGAGGGUAUGGUAAAGGAGGCGGCGGUGGUGGUGGCGGAGGAGAAGGAGGCGGCGGUGGCUCUGGCUCUGGGUCCGGCAGCGGUUAUGGGUCGGGAUACGGUGAAGGCGUUGGAGGAGGAAGCGCCGGAGGGUAUGGGAAAGGUGGUGGCGGCGGCAGCGGCGGAGGUGGCGGUGGGGGAGAAGGGGGAGGUGUAGGCUCCGGCUCUGGUUACGGACAAGGGUCUGGAUCGGGUUACGGUGCGGGCGGUGGGGCUGGUAAUGCCGGAGGAUACGGAAAGGGAAGCGGCGGUGGAGGUGGCGGCGGCGGAGGAGAGGGCGGUGGUGUUGGGUCGGGAUCCGGGUCCGGUCAGGGUUAUGGAUCUGGAUCUGGCUCCGGCGCGGGUGGUGCACAUGGUGGUGGCUACGGUCGUGGCGGCGGCGGUGGAGGUGGCGGCGGUGAGGGAUCAGGUGGGGACUCCGGCUCCGGCUCCAGCUAUGGGUCUGGGUCUGGGUCUGGGUCUGGGUCUGGACACGGCGGUGGCGGCGGAAAUGGCUAUAAUUAGAUGACUAGCUUUUUAUGGUAUUGUACGAGUAUAAUAAACGAAAGCUAUUUUGCUAUUUAUAUAGGAAAGCAAGCCGCCCAUUAGCUAGUUGACACGUUAGACGUGCACCCCGAUCACACAGCCGCCGCGGUAUUUUUUUUCAGUAAUCAUUUCAAAGAAUAAUUACGAAAUCUUUCAAGAAA